UUGAAUAUUAAUGUUUUUUUUUUGAAUAGGUAGUUGACAUUUCAGCCUUUAAUUAAUGGCCGUAAUUUCAUUCUAAAUAUAAGUCCUCAAUGAUCAACCUUUUUUUUUUUUGACUAAUGAUCAACAUUUCAGUAUUUUAGAAAAAGUUGCUUUAUACCUUGGUCCAUUAUAUAAAGGGGUUUUCUGUUAUUCAAUAGUCACAUAUCAGCCAAAAGCACCUCCCUUAAAAAAGAAUUAUUCACAUGGAUUUAUUUAGCUAUAUGCUAUGGAUGCUACUCUUAUGUGCAACAAUUAUAAUGUUUUUCCUGAUUUCACUUACAAAACCAAAAUCAUAUGCUAAAAACUUACCUCCGGGACCUUCCCCUUUACCUAUUUUUGGCAACCUCUUGGAUUUGUUGCCUUACACUACCAAGCCUCACAAGUACUUCGCCGAGCUAGCUAAGACUCAUGGCCCUAUCAUGAGCCUUCAACUCGGCUCCAUUACCGCCAUUAUUGUCUCGAAUUCCGUGCUCGCCAAACAAAUCCUUCUCAAAAACCACAAAAUUUCCUCCACCCUCUAUGAUCUUGACGCUGUUCAGGCUCAUGAUCAUGAAAAGUUCUCAAUCGGCCCGUUAUCGGCUUCUUCACCCAUGUGGAAGAUCCUUAGAAAAAUUUACAAUACAAGGUUGUUAAGUGAUAAAAUGAUGGAAGCCAUGCAAACUCAUAGAUAUAGAAAGUUGGAAGAUUUGUUAUGUUACAUGAAAAUAAGCUCGGAAGCUAACAUUUGUGUCGAUGUGGGACAAGUGGUUUAUGAUGCUUCUUUCAAUAUGAUAUGUAGUACCAUAUUUUCCAUGGAUUUGUCUAGUGAUAUUAGGAUAAUAGAGAUUAAAAAUUUGAUGGAUUGUAUUAUACAAGAGAUUGGUAGACCUAACAUCGUGGAUUGUUAUCCUUUUCUUAAGAUGAUUGAUCCACAAAGGAUCAAACACCGUUUGACAAUUUAUUGUGUGAAAUUGUUUAAGUUAUUUGAUGAGAUUGUAGGGUUGAGAUUGAAGUCUAAGGAAGGUGAAGCCAACUAUUCAGGCUUGUAUAAUGAUUUGUUGGAUGUGAUCUUGGAUGUUAUGGAAGAACAAAAGGAUGAAAUCAACGGAGAUCAUCUGCACCAUUUGCUUUUGGAUCUCCUUGGUGCUGGAAUGGAUACAACUUCGAAAACAAUAGAGUGGGCAAUGGCAGAAUUACUCCGAAACCCUAGUGUUCUACUCAAGUUACAAGAAGAAUUAGAAGGAGUGAUGGGAAAAGGAAAAAAUACAGUGGUCCAAGAAUCAAACAUCUCACAACUCCCAUACCUCCAAGCAGUUGUUAAAGAAACCCUUAGACUUCAUCCAGCCGCACCAUUGUUACUCCCUCGCAAAGUUGAACAAGACAUUGAUAUUGAUGGCUUUCUACUCCCUAAGGAUGCAAUGCUUAUAAUCAAUGCAUGGGCUAUCGGUCGCGAUCCAAAUACCUGGACUAGUCCAGAUUUGUUCUCUCCGGAGCGCUUCUUAGGCUCGGAGCUUGAAGUGAAGACACAAUUUUCGCAGUUAUUUACAUUUGGUGCAGGAAAGAAAAUUUGCCCUGGGAUGCCCUUGGCAAUGUGUAUGAUAUCUCUGGUGUUGGGUAACUUGAUUCACAAGUUUGAUUGGAAGCUUGAAGAUUGUGGGGAGCUGCAACAGGUUUUGGACAUGGAUGAUCAUUAUGGGAUUACUAUUAAGAAGGCCAAAUCCUUACGUGCUUUUCCUAUCCAACGUUUUGUAUGAAAAUGGGUGGGAAUUGUUUUUAUGA